AUGCUCAUACUCUUGCAAGAGCUCAUGCACCGGAUGUUUGUCGAGACCGAGGGCAGAGCACCGAAGCGACACGAGAUACCCAAGCCAUGCGAACACUUCGAUAUAAUCGCCGGGACAGGCACAGGAGGCUUGAUCGCGGUUAUGCUUGGCCGGCUACGGCUGGACCUCGAAACGUGCAAGGACGUCUACGUGCGGAUGACAAAGCGGGUGUUUGAGACCGACAAGACCAUCGCUGGCAUACCGUACAGAUCGACGCUCUUCAAGGCGUCGAAGCUGGAAGACGCCAUCCGGGAAUGCGUCCGGCAGCAUACUGUGGAUCCAGAUGAGGGCAACGACAUGGACGCAGAGUCAAGUUUGGACGUGGCAUCACCGCUCAGCCCGAUGGUUCCGGGAAGUGCAUAUAACGCUCCUCACCGAACUGCGAGCAACGCAAGCAGGUACAGCCAGAUUGGCACCACUCCAGUCAACUAUCAGCGCCCGCUCAGUACCAUGAGGCUAGGUAAUUCCAAUGCAUUACUCUACGACCGCAGAGAAAACCGUUGCAAAACCGCAGUGACAGCAGUCUACAAAGGCACACCGAGAGGUGGCAGCUCAAUCCUCCUCCGCUCGUACGACUCACGGAAAGAACCAGCGCCAGAGUUCAACUGCACCAUCUGGCAAGCCGGACGAGCAACCGCAGCGACCGGUCUCGCGUUCAAACCCAUCCAGAUCGGCCAGUCGGUGUUCCUGGACGAAGGCGCUGGGAAAUACAAUCCUGCUCCGCAAAUCCUCGAUGAAGCCGUCUGCAACGAGUAUCCCGGCCGCGACGUCGGCGUCUUCAUCAGCAUCGGAACCGGAAAACGGCCGCCGGGAACCAAUCAGCAGCAGCAUUUGUGGUGGGAAGGGUUCGUUGCGAGCGGAAUGGGCGACUUUGCAGAGGCGCGGCGACGUCUUAUCAACAAGAUAGAAGGCUGCGAGGAGACGCACCAGUACAUGCUCAAAGAGCACCUCGCAAGACGACAGGUCAACCAGGAGAACUACUACCGCCUGAAUGUCGAGGUCGGCGUCGGCGAGUUCGGCAUGAACGAGUGGAACCGCCUUGCGGAUAUCAGCACCAACACGCGCAUGUACCUUGCGAAGCACGAAGUGCAAAGCAUAAAUCUCAACGCCGCCUCGAAACUGGCGCGGAUCCACCGGGCCAAGCAACGGUGGGACAGGGCGAUGAAUGGCAGUCCAAUGUCGGACAGCCGAUUCUCGUACGAAGAAGAAUCAAGUUCGCAGCAGCAAACCUCUGUGCCCCCACCCUCGAAUCCGAUAGCGGUCGAGCUCCCCGCCGAAGACGUGAUGCCCCCUUCUCCCCGCCGACCGCAUAACGCAGACCUGCUUUACCCGUCGCAGUUCCACCGCCGGCGCUCCUCUGACGAGAAAAUGGUCAUCUUCUCCGACGAGCUCCCCGAAGUCAUUCAGCCUCGUCAGCGCGGCUCGGACGAAUACCGCCGCAGCAGCGAGCUCGACGCCACGAACCCACGGGGCUCAAACGGCUCGGUGGCGCCCUCGCUGAGGCGCAGCGGGGAGGAUCCGAGGGUCAGCAUGGAUAUGCAGAUGCGGAGUCCGCCGCCCGUACCGCCCAAGACGCCGCUGCCGUAUCCGGUUGAGGAAAGACCGCUACCGCCGCCGCCGCCCGGGGUACCGACCAUGUGGAGGCCACAGGGUGGUGGUGUUGCGCUGCCGUAUCCGGAUACAGAUGGUCCGCCGCCAGUGGUGAACAUGGCGAGGAAGCCGGAGUUUGGUGUGAGAUGA